ACACACACACACACACACACACACACACACACACACACACACACAAGCACUGACAGUGUGUGAGAGAGAGAGGAGGGUACAGCAGGAAGAAAGCAAGGAGGGAGCGUGGAGUGCGAGAGGGAGGGACGUAAAAAAAAAGGAAAUAAAAAAAAAAGAUCCUGAACAGAAGGAUUUUCUCUUUUCUCCCGAGGAGCUGCCAAUAACCCUCGGUGAAGGAUGGCAGAAGGGGGAGAGGGAGAGGAGGAGAUCCAGUUCCUGCGCACGGAGGACCAGGUGGUGCUGCAGUGCACGGCCUCCGUCAUGAAGGAUCAGCAGGUGAAGCUGUGUCUGUCCUGCGAGGGCUUCGGGAACCGCCUCUGCUUCCUGGAAACCACGUCCAACGCUCAGAAUGUGCCCCCGGACCUGGCCAUCUGCAGCUUCGUCCUGGUGCAGUCCCUGUCGGUGCGCGCUCUGCAGGAGAUGCUGGCCAAAAGGGUGGAGAUGACUGAGUCGUCCCAGGGUGGGGGGCAUCGCACCUUACUGUACGGCCAUGCCAUCCUCCUGAGACACUACCACUCAAGCAUGUACCUGAGCUGUUUGACUACGUCUCGGUCACUCACGGACAAGCUGGCCUUUGAUGUGGGCUUGCAAGAAGAUUCCACGG